GAUGACGACAGACGCAUGUGCUCAUGCUCUCGAAAGCCAAUUCAUGCGGGGUUAAUCGUAGCGCGUGAGACUAGCGAUCUGAUACUAUUUUCGGGUGUGGCGACAAAGCUUGACCGUGAUGUCCAGAACAGUAGCUUUAGCUAUCAGAUUCACAUUCGAAGGUUCGGGCAUUGCUCGCGAAUGCUCCAUGCUACAGUCUCGGGCAUGCCACUGCCGAGCUCCACGGCGGAAUGUAUAGUUAGCCGUUCAGAGCUCAAGACGCAUUUCAGCCAGCUAGUAUAGCGCUCAGGCAAUAGCAAGACGCCACCAGCGCACGUAUCCGCUU